CGUUUCCUUUUUCGCAACAGUGUACACGGAAACUCUCGUUCUCUCUCUCUAUCUCUAGAAUCCACUAUUUUGGAGUUUAGACUGCGCACGACGAGUGGAGGGCCUUCUGCUUAAUCAGCCAUCCCUCUCUCUCUCUCUCUCUAUCUCGCCGUGAGACGCGGAGGAGAGAGAAAGCUCGAACCUUUCCUCCUUUCAUCGAACCAGAGCACACCCGCAAUUCAAAGCGAAUCGGGGAAGGAAGCAAGGAAGGAAAGAAGGAAGAAAGGCUCGAGCUUUUCCACUGUUCAUCGCCGUCGCCAUCGCCAUCGCCAUCGCCAUCGCCGUCGCCGUCGUUACGUAGAGAAGGCACUGCGAAAAGGGUCGUCGAAUCCGACUCCACCCUCCCUUGAUCUGGAUCCCCCGCUCUUCUCAGGAAGUCCAGGUUGGAUUGAUAAUUCAGACUGCAAGCCAUGGUUCUUGACACCGUACUGUCAUCUCCUCACCGGAGGUCGCCAUCAUUUAGGAAGCAAUUUGGACGAGAAGAGUUGGGAAGUUGGUCGACCCUUGCACAGAGGCACCGCUUCCUUUUGACGGCUCUCGCACUUCUUGGUUUCCUUUGCACAAUCUAUCUCUAUUUUGCCAUCACCUUGGGCGCAGCAGCUGCUGGGUCGUGCUCUGACCUGACGGGAACUGAGAAGGCACUGUGUCAGGCGAAGGCUUCUGUGUCCAAGGGAAAGCUAAAGUUCCUCUAACCUUCACAGCUGGAUGUGACUCCAUUUAUUGUACUUCCUGCUUGCGGUGUAUCUGCAAGACUCCAAUGGGUUCUAAAUUUAGGUAUAUCUUUUGCUAGUGUCUAUUUGAUUCCAUAUUUCUUCUCGACAUUUGUUGAGGAUAUUUUGCAUUUGAGGGGGGAUUAGUCUUGCAAUUGUAAGCAUUCUAACAAAUAGUUCAGAUUGUGAGGAACUUCAUCUUGAGAGUUUGUCUGUGAACUUGUAUUGGCGAGUAGAGUGAUUAUUUGCCUUAAUUACUCUGUCUCGGCUUUCCCACGUGCUACGAGUUUUGAUAUCUGUACUCGGUGACUGUUUUGAUUAUAUGUGAAUAAUCUUUCUAGAUUGUGUAA